UGUACAACCGGUACUACUACCUACCCAGUCUCUCACACCAGUGAAGAAGAAGUCACCACUUCUACUUACACUUCCACCGACUCUGAAGGUAAUGUUACCACCGGUACUACUACCUACCCAGUCUCUCACACCAGUGAAGAAGAAUUGGCUACUUCUACCUACACUUCCACUGACUCUGAAGGUAAUGUUACCACCGGUACCACCACCUACCCAGUCUCUCACACUUCUGAAGAAGAAGUCACCACUUCUACUUACACUUCCACCGACUCUGAAGGUAAUGUUACCACCGGUACCACUACCUACCCAGUCUCUCACACUUCUGAAGAAGAAGUCACCACUUCUACCUACACUUCCACUGACUCUGAAGGUAAUGUUACCACCGGUACCACCACCUACCCAGUCUCUCACACUUCUGAAGAAGAAGUCACCACUUCUACUUACACUUCCACCGACUCUGAAGGUAAUGUUACCACCGGUACCACCACCUACCCAGUCUCUCACACUUCUGAAGAAGAAUUGACUACUUCUACUUACACUUCCACCGACUCUGAAGGUAAUGUUACCACCGGUACUACUACCUACCCAGUCUCUCACACCAGUGAAGAAGAAGUCACCACUUCUACCUACACUUCCACCGACUCUGAAGGUAAUGUUACCACCGGUACUACCACCUACCCAGUCUCCCACACCAGUGAAGAAGAAUUGACUACUUCUACUUACACUUCCACCGACUCUGAAGGUAAUGUUACCACCGGUACUACUACCUACCCAGUCUCUCACACCAGUGAAGAAGAAGUAACCACUUCUACUUACACUUCCACCGACUCUGAAGGUAAUGUUACCACCGGUACUACUACCUACCCAGUUUCUCACACCAGUGAAGAAGAAUUGACUACUUCUACCUACACUUCCACCGACUCUGAAGGUAAUGUUACCACCGGUACCACCACCUACCCAGUCUCUCAAACCAGUGAAGAAGAAGUCACCACUUCUACUUACACUUCCACCGACUCUGAAGGUAAUGUUACCACCGGUACCACCACCUACCCAGUUUCUCACACUUCUGAAGAAGAAGUCACCACUUCUACUUACACUUCCACCGACUCUGAAGGUAAUGUUACCACCGGUACCACCACCUACCCAGUCUCUCACACUUCUGAAGAAGAAUUGACUACUUCUACUUACACUUCCACCGACUCUGAAGGUAAUAUUACCACCGGUACCACUACCUACCCAGUCUCUCACACUUCUGAAGAAGAAGUCACCACUUCUACCUACACUUCCACUGACUCUGAAGGUAAUGUUACCACCGGUACCACCACCUACCCAGUCUCUCACACCAGUGAAGAAGAAGUCACCACUUCUACUUACACUUCCACCGACUCUGAAGGUAAUGUUACCACCGGUACUACUACCUACCCAGUCUCUCACACCAGUGAAGAAGAAGUAACCACUUCUACUUACACUUCCACCGACUCUGAAGGUAAUGUUACCACCGGUACUACUACCUACCCAGUCUCCCACACCAGUGAAGAAGAAUUGACUACUUCUACUUACACUUCCACCGACUCUGAAGGUAAUGUUACCACCGGUACCACCACCUACCCAGUCUCUCACACUUCUGAAGAAGAAGUCACCACUUCUACUUACACUUCCACCGACUCUGAAGGUAAUGUUACCACCGGUACUACUACCUACCCAGUCUCCCACACUUCUGAAGAAGAAGUCACCACUUCUACUUACACUUCCACCGACUCUGAAGGUAAUGUUACCACCGGUACUACUACCUACCCAGUCUCUCACACCAGUGAAGAAGAAGUAACCACUUCUACUUACACUUCCACCGACUCUGAAGGUAAUGUUACCACCGGUACCACCACCUACCCAGUCUCUCACACUUCUGAAGAAGAAGUCACCACUUCUACUUACACUUCCACCGACUCUGAAGGUAAUGUAACCACCGGUACCACCACCUACCCAGUCUCUCACACCAGUGAAGAAGAAUUGACUACUUCUACUUACACUUCCACCGACUCUGAAGGUAAUGUUACCACCGGUACCACCACCUACCCAGUCUCCCACACCAGUGAAGAAGAAUUGACUACUUCUACUUACACUUCCACCGACUCUGAAGGUAAUGUUACCACCGGUACUACUACCUACCCAGUCUCCCACACUUCUGAAGAAGAAGUAACCACUUCUACUUACACUUCCACCGACUCUGAAGGUAAUGUUACCACCGGUACCACCACCUACCCAGUCUCCCACACUUCUGAAGAAGAAGUCACCACUUCUACUUACACUUCCACCGACUCUGAAGGUAAUGUUACCACCGGUACCACCACCUACCCAGUCUCUCACACCAGUGAAGAAGAAUUGACUACUUCUACUUACACUUCCACCGACUCUGAAGGUAAUGUUACCACCGGUACCACCACCUACCCAGUCUCUCACACCAGUGAAGAAGAAGUCACCACUUCUACUUACACUUCCACCGACUCUGAAGGUAAUGUUACCACCGGUACCACCACCUACCCAGUCUCUCACACUUCUGAAGAAGAAGUCACCACUUCUACUUACACUUCCACCGACUCUGAAGGUAAUGUUACCACCGGUACCACCACCUACCCAGUCUCGCACACCAGUGAAGAAGAAGUCACCACUUCUACUUACACUUCCACCGACUCUGAAGGUAAUGUUACCACCGGUACUACUACCUACCCAGUCUCUCACACCAGUGAAGAAGAAGUAACCACUUCUACUUACACUUCCACCGACUCUGAAGGUAAUGUUACCACCGGUACUACUACCUACCCAGUCUCCCACACCAGUGAAGAAGAAUUGACUACUUCUACUUACACUUCCACCGACUCUGAAGGUAAUGUUACCACCGGUACCACUACCUACCCAGUUUCUAACACCAGUGAAGAAGAAUUGACUACUUCUACCUACACUUCCACCGACUCUGAAGGUAAUGUUACCACCGGUACCACUACCUACCCAGUUUCUCACACCAGUGAAGAAGAAUUGACUACUUCUACCUACACUUCCACCGACUCUGAAGGUAAUGUUACCACCGGUACUACUACCUACCCAGUCUCGCACACCAGUGAAGAAGAAUUGACUACUUCUACUUACACUUCCACCGACUCUGAAGGUAAUGUUACCACCGGUACCACCACCUACCCAGUCUCCCACACCAGUGAAGAAGAAGUCACCACUUCUACUUACACUUCCACCGACUCUGAAGGUAAUGUUACCACCGGUACCACUACCUACCCAGUCUCUCACACCAGUGAAGAAGAAUUGACUACUUCUACUUACACUUCCACCGACUCUGAAGGUAAUGUUACCACCGGUACCACCACCUACCCAGUCUCUCACACUUCUGAAGAAGAAUUGACUACUUCUACUUACACUUCCACCGACUCUGAAGGUAAUGUUACCACCGGUACUACUACCUACCCAGUCUCUCACACUUCUGAAGAAGAAGUCACCACUUCUACCUACACUUCCACUGACUCUGAAGGUAAUGUUACCACCGGUACCACCACCUACCCAGUCUCUCACACCAGUGAAGAAGAAGUCACCACUUCUACUUACACUUCCACCGACUCUGAAGGUAAUGUUACCACCGGUACUACUACCUACCCAGUCUCCCACACCAGUGAAGAAGAAUUGACUACUUCUACUUACACUUCCACCGACUCUGAAGGUAAUGUUACCACCGGUACUACUACCUACCCAGUCUCCCACACCAGUGAAGAAGAAUUGACUACUUCUACUUACACUUCCACCGACUCUGAAGGUAAUGUUACCACCGGUACCACCACCUACCCAGUCUCUCACACUUCUGAAGAAGAAGUCACCACUUCUACUUACACUUCCACCGACUCUGAAGGUAAUGUUACCACCGGUACUACUACCUACCCAGUCUCUCACACCAGUGAAGAAGAAGUAACCACUUCUACUUACACUUCCACCGACUCUGAAGGUAAUGUUACCACCGGUACCACCACCUACCCAGUCUCCCACACCAGUGAAGAAGAAGUCACCACUUCUACUUACACUUCCACCGACUCUGAAGGUAAUGUUACCACCGGUACCACCACCUACCCAGUCUCGCACACCAGUGAAGAAGAAGUCACCACUUCUACUUACACUUCCACCGACUCUGAAGGUAAUGUUACCACCGGUACCACUACCUACCCAGUUUCUCACACCAGUGAAGAAGAAUUGACUACUUCUACCUACACUUCCACCGACUCUGAAGGUAAUGUUACCACCGGUACCACUACCUACCCAGUCUCUCACACUUCUGAAGAAGAAGUCACCACUUCUACUUACACUUCCACCGACUCUGAAGGUAAUGUUACCACCGGUACCACCACCUACCCAGUCUCCCACACCAGUGAAGAAGAAGUCACCACUUCUACCUACACUUCCACCGACUCUGAAGGUAAUGUUACCACCGGUACCACCACCUACCCAGUCUCUCACACUUCUGAAGAAGAAGUCACCACUUCUACUUACACUUCCACCGACUCUGAAGGUAAUGUUACCACCGGUACCACCACCUACCCAGUCUCGCACACCAGUGAAGAAGAAGUCACCACUUCUACUUACACUUCCACCGACUCUGAAGGUAAUGUUACCACCGGUACCACUACCUACCCAGUUUCUCACACCAGUGAAGAAGAAUUGACUACUUCUACCUACACUUCCACCGACUCUGAAGGUAAUGUUACCACCGGUACUACUACCUACCCAGUUUCUCACACCAGUGAAGAAGAAUUUACUACUUCUACUUACACUUCCACCGACUCUGAAGGUAAUGUUACCACCGGUACCACCACCUACCCAGUCUCUCACACUUCUGAAGAAGAAGUCACCACUUCUACGUACACUUCCACCGACUCUGAAGGUAAUGUUACCACCGGUACCACCACCUACCCAGUCUCCCACACCAGUGAAGAAGAAGUCACCACUUCUACCUACACUUCCACCGACUCUGAAGGUAAUGUUACCACCGGUACCACCACCUACCCAGUCUCUCACACCAGUGAAGAAGAAGUCACCACUUCUACUUACACUUCCACCGACUCUGAAGGUAAUGUUACCACCGGUACUACUACCUACCCAGUCUCGCACACCAGUGAAGAAGUG